CUCCCUGGUUAGUAUAGAAACGGGAGGAAAUCAGAAGCAACUGCAAUGGAUUCUCCUCGCAUUCCACCAGCACUCUUCACUGUGUUGCUGUUUGUGUCUCUGCAGACACUGGGUUGUGCAAAGCAGGACUGUUCUCGCCCCACUGGACGAUCAUUCAAUGUCAACAAGUGCAAUGGAACUGCAGUUCUGGAGGAAUCGGCUAAGGAGCACCUGAAGGGCCCUUCCUCCUCGCUGCUGAUCCCCUCUCUUUACCUGGUGGUGAUCUUCAUUGGACUCCCUGCCAACAUGCUAGCCCUAUGGGUCCUGAUAGCCAAAACCAAAAAGAUGCCUUCCACCUCCUUCCUCAUCAACCUGUCAGUUGCAGACCUUCUACUGAUCCUGGUCUUGCCAUUCAAGAUCUUCUACCACUUCAGUGGCAAUGACUGGGUUUUUGGGGAGAUCUUGUGCAGACUUAUGACCACUUUCUUCUACGGCAACAUGUAUUGCUCCAUCCUUUGCCUCAUGUUCAUCAGCAUUGACAGGUAUAUUGCCCUGGUCCAUCCGUUUUCAGCCAAAACCUUACGAAGCAAGAAAAUGGCUUCCUACCUCUGCGUUGGGGUUUGGUUUUUAGUGAUAGGCGCCAUGUUGCCGUUGGGUUUAACCCAACAAUCCUACAGCUUUAAAGAACCCAACAUCACCACGUGCCAUGAUGCUCUGCCCAAGGAUGAACAAGCAAAUUUCUUCUUCCCUUACUUUGCGAGCCUCUUUGCCGUCGGAUUUGUUGCCCCCUUUUGCCUUAUUGUGUUCUGCAAUUGCGCUGUCCUGCGAGUUCUCAUCCUGAGCGAGAAGCGAUACGUCCAUGCAGCCAAAAUCAUUGCUUUGGUUCUAUUGGUCUUUGUGGUGUGCUUUGCUCCCAGCAACAUCAUCCUGAUUCUCCACUACUCUGAAUUCCAAAUGGUACAGAAGCACAGUGACCUGUACCUCCCUUACAUGAUCAGCCUGGCUCUCAGCACUUUCAACAGCUGCAUUGACCCUUUCAUUUAUUAUUACAUAUCUGAGGAUUUCAGAGCCAAGGCUGGAAGCACAGUGAGAUGCUGUAGAAAGAAGACCUCUUACAGAUUACGGACCAGUUCCAGGAAAACUGAAACUUGCUCUUUAUCAGAGCCAUCAAAGUUCAAAGUAACUGUGGAGUCUUCUGUGGAUAGAUAAUGAUGUAUUCGAUUGUACAAUUCCAAUACUUAUGUAAGCUGUAACAAAACAUAAACACGAGGCGGCCUUUUAUAAACCUAAUCUGGCCUCGACUUAAAUUUGUAUUGUGAAAUGUAAUAUAAAAACUGGUUGAUUAAUAACUUCCAAGUGCUAUAUAAUAUACAACAUGUUACUUGUAUUAAUCUUCUAUAAGCAUGUAUAAUACGCAGUGUUGGAGAGUAAUGCAUUACUGUAAUCUGAUUACAUGUUUCAGUAACUUGUAAUUGUAAUGGUUUCUUUUGCAGACGGGUAGUGUUUGUUACAGUAUAUAAAACAGGACUAAGGCUAAUGCAUAACAUAGAAAUAAUAAAAUGAUUCACCUUACUAGAAAAUGCUGCCAGAGAUGGGACAGGGUGGGUUUGAUAGCUGGAUCUUCAAAGAAUAUUUUGAGAUGUAGCCUAACCGCCUCUCUCGCUCUCUCGCUCUCUCGCUCUCUCGCUCUCUCUCUCUCGCUCAUAUAUAUAUAACUUAAUGUCUCUACAGAGCUACUUCAUAGCAAUGAUAAAUCAACCAUGCAUACCUUGCUUAAUUUGUGCAGAUUUGUG